CAUAUUCCUAAAACUGACAAAAUGCCAAAUAACGACUAUGAUGCAAGAUCUCUGAUAUACCACGCUGCCCAUUUUGUGAGAAAAAGUAUCAGAAAUCAAAGCAAAAGCAUGCAUAUACAGCCUGUUAAUGUCGAGGAAUUGACCCCUUGUAAUGCAAAAGCUCUUUUACCAGCAGAUAUUUACAGAUUUCUUUUUAUACUGAUAUCAAAUCAAGAUCCAGUAGAUCCCGUUCUCUGCAAUUCAUCAGAUGAAAGACGCAUACUAGCAAUUGCACAAGAUAUGGUUUAUGCCACAACGCAUGGUCAAAUCAAAACCCCUUACACGCAUUGGCUUUGCAAUGUCAGUUCGCCACAUGACAGGAUCCAAGCAGCUUAUCAGAAUGCUUAACAGAUUUGGUCACAGUUGUUCCUAUGACGACAUCGAAGUAGUAGAUACUAGUUUGGCCCUAGAAAUUAUCGCUCAAACAGAGAAUCUAGGUGCUGUUAUUCCAUCGAACAUAACACCUGGUGUGUUUGUUCAAGCAGCAGGCGAUAACAAUGAUCUUAACGAAGAGACCCUGGAUGGCAAGCAAACCACCCAUGCCACUACUCUAGUCCUCUAUCAGAGACAGCAGUAUGGACCAAAGCCAAAACCAGUAGUACAUUCUAACCAGAAAGAGAAGAGGCGAUCACUGAGCACCCCAGCAGCAGCAUCGAAUCUCAAAGAAUUCAGUGCAUCUGGCAGACGACCUACAGUAAACUUUUACAAGGGUAUUAUACAGAAGGAGUGGUUUCAUUCAACAAGCCCUGUUGGUUCCUCAGCUCAACGGAAGGACAUUGGCUGGUUUCUGGCAUGUAUGUGCACUAACAAGUUGUUCAGUGUAGACUUAAAUACCUCACCCACGCCACAUCCUACUCAGUCCAUACCAAGCUGGAGUGGUUCAACGCAAAGAUCUCAAACUAGUCGCCACCAUUAACAUCUAUUGGCUAUUGUCCAAUGAUCAACGGAUCUGCUACAGAUUAUACCACCAUAUACACUGUCAUGAAGAAUG